AUAUUCCUAACGUAUCGGCUCAAGCGCAAUCAUUGCUACAAAACGGCAGCCUAGUUGUACCGUACAACUCCCCAACACCCGCUCACUCUGGCUUUGCUUCAAAGACAUAUACAGACAGAGUUGGCAAUAGGACUGACCUUGACUACUUUACAUCGAAGGCCAACUGUGUUUGAAGAACUAGCGCUGCACUCAUUGGCUACGCUUUCAAGUUGAUGUUUACUCGUUAGCGUCACCAAGUUGUAAUGGUAUUUGGAAAAGCAGGAAUCCACGUUGCUCGGAUGACAUUCGGAGGAGCACUUUGAACGCAUUCAAUGGCUACCACUGCGGUUGAGUUGUAGGGAAUUCAUUGUUACAACAGACAGGGUAUCAUGGAAGCCCCUGCUUCGCCCUUGCAGCAGCCCACUGGCUCUGCGCGUACGGCCGCAGUGCUGCUCUUAGAUUCUCCCCGCAAUACUACCAGUGGAGGUGCCGAAAAGGGCACCGCGGUGGACGACAAUGCAGCAGAUGUUAAGGAAAUCCGUCUGUCGAACUACUCAAUUGAAUACGGCACGCAUAACAUGCCUGACUUAUAUGGCAACAAGGUUUGGAUUCACAUGCUAACCCCCCCGAAGCUUGAGGCGGACCAGGCGGCAGGCUCCGAGCCUAGCCCCGCCCCCAAAAGCGACGCUGAACGGACGUACACCCUCCUCGAGGUGCCGCCUUCACGACGGCUAGCGGCGCUGCAACAAGCACUGGAACGCCUAUACGCAAACCAGCAAAUCACCAACCGCCCCGGCACCGGCAACUGGAUGGCUCACGUUGACGCGCCCACUGCUGCUGCUGCUGCUGCUGCAUCACCUGACAUCGCAUGGCCCACCACACCUGACGGACCGCCCGCCGCCUGCCGCAUCGACCUGCCUUUGGUCCUCCCCGCUGCGCGGACCAGACCACCCGCCCCUGAUUCCCCCUCCUCCUCCUCCUCCGACGACGACAACCCCACCCAAGCCCAACCCCCCGACCCGCCGCCCGACCCCUCCUUCCCUCCCUCCUGGCUCCCCUUGCUGGGUCGCUCGCUGCUCUUCCUCUACCUCCAGCAAUCCCGCUUCAUAGACCCGGCCGCUUGGGACUUCUCGCUGCUUGCCGCCCUGCCCCGACUGGUCUUCCUCGACCUGAGCACCACCACCAUCAAGUCCGCCCUGCCUGAGGACCUGCCCGCCCGGCUGCCCUCCCUGCGGGUCCUGGACCUGGCGGAAGCCACCUUGGAGCUGUCCGAGGAGCAGCUGGGCCGCAUGCUCGUGGCGCUGUCGGGGCCCGUGGCUGCAGCGGCGGCGGCGGCGGAUGCGGAGGAUAAGGCGACGGUUGACAGCGCCAUUCGUGCGGCUCUCUCGACCACAGCGGGUGGUGGUGGUGGUGGUACAGCAGCAACAGUUGCGGGAUCAGGAUCGGGACGGAAAUACCCUCUUGUGCUGGCCACUGCCAGCGUACCCAGGGCGUACGUGGAAACCCAAAACACGUUCGUCUGCGCCUCCUGGGGCAAGCUGAAGCUGCCCGCAAACUUGGAAACCAAGGUUCCGGCCAGCGUGUUUGACCAUGCAGCAACGUGGCGGGCCCUGGUGGCUGCGCGUGAGGCGGCGUUCUUUUGGUACGCUCGAGAGCUGUGGUGGGAUUUCACGACGGUGGUGAGCCCGGGUUCGUAUGGGGCUGUGUCGAGGCCGCAUCUGGGCGUCAGCGUGCCGAUGGACCCCUCCAUGGUGCGGCUGGUGUACGAUUUGGGGCUGCUGCCGGCGCCCAGGGAGGAGGAGGAGGAGCCGGACAACGGGCCUGAGAUGCGGCACAUGUUUGUGGACAGGUCCGGCAUCCCCAAGCCCACCCACAGGAGCGCAGCCAGCCAAGGCGCGCGGCGCACGCCACCCAAUGUACGGCUGUCGCUUGCAUGGCCGUACAAACGCAGCAGCCUGGGCAGCCCCCUUUGGUCGCAUGAGCAAAAGCUGCACUCGUCGUACCGCGACGCCGUGCACCUCAGCCUCUCAAGCAGGCAGUGGCGCAUGCUGGCAGAAGUGUUCGGACCUGGGCAGGGGCAGCCCGCGACGGCAGCAGCAGCCGCGUCUACAUCGUCUACAACAGGAGGAGGAGCAGCAGCGGCGGCAGCAGGGAUGGGCGAGGAUGAUCCGUUCGCCUGCGAGGAGUUGUCGUUCGAAGCGUUGGAGCAACGGGAGCGCAUGGCGUCAGGAGCCUUGUUCUCUGCUUGCUCGGGUAACGGGUUCGGCAUGGCGUCAGGUGGCCGCUACAAGAUGGUCACCGCCGUCUCUUUCCCGGUCGCACGCGAGCUGGCAGCUGGCCGGCCGCAUGCCGCCACGCCCGUAGUGAUCCCCCGCCGCUCCGCCCUCGCAGCCCGCACCCGGGCUCGUAGGCUGCUGGUGGCUGCCCUCAUAGGGCCCCAGGCGGCCCGGGGGCAGGGGCCAGGCGGGGAGGCCAACAAGGCUGCUUGCGGCGCGGGAGGGAAAGGGGCAGGCGGAGUGGACCUGGCGGUGGUGUCGCCGGCGGAGCGGGGUACCGUGUCCGUGGCGCAGUUCAUGACGGCGGUACGACUGGAGUCUCGGUUGUACGGCAGGGUGCGGCGAGUCAGCAUCCUUCCUGCCGGCCACCCCGCCCGCGCCACCACCCAUGUCGCCCGCUACUGGACCUCGGUGCGCGCAGUGGCCGAUCUGCUGUUCAGUGACCCACGGGUCAGGAUCGGCGUGAUGGCGGGCGCCGUACCGCUGGCGGCCGUCGCUGAGAUCUCCUGCGAGGAGCUCCGCGCGCUGUGUGCCAAGCUGGCCAAGCAGGCGGCAAGCAAGGCCAAGCAGACGGGGGCGGCGGAGGUGGGGGGUGGCGGGCUGGGCAGCAGCGCAGCGGGGGUGCUGGCAGCGAAGGCAGAGGCGGCUGCGGACCUGGCUGAUCUGGAUGCGUUGCAGAAGCAGCUCUCCGCAGGUGGUCGCCUGGACGUGCCCGUUUCCAUCCACCCCGAGGACUGGCUCCCAGCGGAGCAGUCCCUGGACCCGCUGUGCGACUGGCACCUGGCCGACCCACGGGUCUGGCCGCACGGCACCGUGCUGCACGGCGCAGUGGCCCGCGGCGCGCUGCACACCGUGGAGUGGCUGCUGGAGCGGGGGCUGCCGCUGAACGGGCGCAUCGGGCUGUGGGAGCUCACUCCGCUGCACCUGUGCUGCAUGCGACCUGUCCUCUGGAGCUUCCCCGCGGAUUACGGUCGAUGGUCCCUCCUCGUCAACAAUCGCCUUCCUGCACUCCCCUCGCCGCCAGCACCACCAUCAGCCGCAGCCGCUGCUGCAACUACCCCCAUCCCCGCCAGCUCUGCCCCUCGCGCCGGCGCGCCUGUCAUAACCGAUGAAGACCUGCUGGACUACAUCUUCGGCCCGGAUGACAAGUCGCAGAAGACAGCCGAGAACGAAAUGCAUCUGAAACACACCAUGUACGGAGUGCUGCCAGGAAGGGAGCUGAUGGCCAACGAAAGGCGACUUGCCCGCGUGAGCGAGCCCGUGCGGUUGCAGGCACGCAUGCAGGCUACGCUAGAUGCCAAGCUGGGGCUGAACCACACAUGCUUUCGGAAGCGAGGAGAGCUGCUGUUUCCGGGAAUUCGCAGCUCCAAGGUGCCGGAUGACCUCCGCAACAUCUGUCAGCUCCCGCGGCUCCUCGCGCUCAGCCCCUUCUGGUACUCUCCAGACGACCAAAUGUUCGUAGGAGACGAACCCAAAGCCACGCAGCUGCAGCAACCCCGGGCGCGCACACUGCCCUGCACCGCACCCGCCACCACCACCACCACCUGCACCCCCAAUGCGGCUGCCCGGGACCCCGCAGCAGCAGCAGCAGGCGAUGUGGAUGGGGGCAGCGGUGGUGCCGGUUUUGCCAGCGGGUCGGCUCAGCAGCUGGCGGCUGCCGCCUCACCCAUGCUACGGCUGCUGCUGGGCCGGGGCGCCGACGUGUCCGCACGCAGCUGGAGCGGGCUGCAGCCGCUGCACUACGCGGCGGCCUCGUGCGGUGCGGAGACGAUUGUGGCGCUGGUGGAGGCGGGGGCCAGCCUCACGGCGCCGGUGACGGGUACCCUGGUCGGCCCCCUCCACCUGGCAGCCUACCGAGCCGGCUGCCGCUGGUCCGGCCUGCCCCCUCGCGCCGCCGUACGGCUGCUGUCCUGCCGCCCCACCAUCCCGCCGUACGCCGUACUGGCUCAGCCGGACGAGUGGCGCGGCACUCCGCUGUUCUGGCUGGUGCAUGCGGGCAAGGCGCUGCCUGCGGGCACGCUGGGGACGCUGUUGGGGGGGCUGCGGGCCGGCGUGCUGGGGGCAGGAGGAGGCGGCGUGCAGGGGGAGGGGCUGCCCAGGCCUGUUGUGGAGGGCGUGGCGAGGGUGCUCUGCUACCUGAUCGUGCAGCGCCUGGUGGAGCACUGCCGGGUGCUGCUGCACCACUUCCCGGAGGCGGCGGGGGUGGCGCUGCCGCCCGCCAGCGCCACGCCGCUGCAUGUGGCGUGCAUGCUGAACUGCUGGAAGGACAUAUCCGACUCGAACCCGCUGAUGUGUACCGUCACCGGAUUCCCCAUGAUGUCAGGCGCCGGGUAUCCAGAGGAGAUUGUGCAAGCGGCAGGACCCUACGUGCCGCCGGGCAUGGCCCCCGUCGCGCCCACCACCACCUCCACCACCACCGGCGUUGCAACACCCUUGCCACCUGCUGGCGACGGCACUGCUGCUGUCGCCGCCGCCACCGCUCGUAGCUCUCGUUCUGCAGCCGGCAAUGGCCGCGGCAGGGAGCUGCUAGUCCUGAGUGAGAGCUCUGAGGACGAUGUGGGCAAAAGGCUGAACGAAGGCGGCGCUGCUGGCUCCGGUGCUGCUAGCAAGCCGGCCGGCAGCACAUCUGCCACCAGCGGCGGUGACGCAGAUGCGGGUACGGCACGUAGCGGAGGAGCUAACGAGGCCGGCAAGGGUGCCGUCGAUGGCGGGGGCGAGGAGGAGGCGAGGCUGUGGAAGACGUGGCCGUAUCCGCGGAUCAAGGACGGACCGCUGGCGUUAGACACGGGCGAGGAGGGCGCGGUGCUGAUGCAGGCGUGCGUGUCCCAACAGCUGCAGGACUCCUGCGCUACUGCUGCUGCUGCCUUCCGUCCGCCCUCUCCCCCCCCCUCAGAUUGUCCAGAUGCUCCUGGCUGCCGGUGCCCCGGCCGAUGCGGCGGAUGCGGCGGGCGCCACCCCCCUCAUGCUGUCUGCCAUGGUGGGCACGGCACCGCUGGCGGCGGCACUGCUAGCAAAGGGCGCCCGUGUGACCGCUGUCGCCACGAAUGUGCGGCACAACAACGUGCUGGGCUCGAUGAGGUCGGUGCUCCCGCGCUUGACGCCGCGCAAGGGGGGGCCCACCUAUCUGAUGCUGGUGCCGCCGGAGUCGCUGCUGCAGGAGCAGCCUGCACCGCAGCAGCAGCAGGGGCUGGAACAGGAGGGGCAGGAGCAGCAGGCGGGGGCGGCAGCGGGGCCGCCCAAGCCGUCUUCCGAGGAGACGCGGCGGAAGAAGGUUGCUGCGGCUGCCCCCACCUGUAGUGAUGAGGAUGAGGACGAUGAGGCAUUGGUGUGUGGCUAUGAUAGCGAGGACGAGAGGGAGGAGGAGAGGAAGAAGGAGAGGGAGAAGGAGAAGGAGAAAGAGAAGGUGGAGGAGGAGGAAGAGGAGUUCACAGGACCGGAGGCCAAGGUUGAGAACUUCCGUCUGACACCCAUCACCGGCUGCCUGUACCGGCUGAUGCAGUACCACAAGUUCGAGCUCCCGCACGGUCGCAAGGCGCGGCCGGGUGUUGGCGUGGACGGCAAGCCCUACUCGUAUGUGGUGGACUACAACGACACCAGCCAAGUGAAGCAGGCCAAGUGGGCUGACGGCAUCCUGUGGCUGCUGCUGCGCCACAGCCCCGCGCCCCUGCGAGCCGCGGUGGUGCGCGCGCUGAUGGGCGCGGAGGUGCGGUCACUCAUUCGGGAGCUGCCGCGCACGGCGGUGGCGGUGCUGGGGGCGGCGGUGCCAGGCAACUCCCUGGUGUCGUACGCGGAACGUGCCACGCGGGAGGCCUGCUCCUCGCUGUCUCCCUUCACCACCUCCUCGCUGGACUCCGCCGUACGGAGGGCGCUGGACCUGGUGGCGGACUCCCUAACCGACACAACCGCAACCGCAAAAGGACCCUCCAAAGACAAGAACAAGGAUGAUGCUGAUGCUGAUGCUGAUGCUGAUGCUGAUGGGGACGGCGACGGAAAGGAGAGGGAGAAGGAGGAGGGGGUGGAUGCGUUGGCAGCGGUGGUGGCGUCCACGCCUGGGGCCCUGGGAGCUGGGUGGCGGUGGGGGCCGUACGAGGACGAGGUGCUGUACGACCUGAUGGCCACCGGGUUGUACCCGCUGUUCGUGUCGCCGGACAUGACCAACGGCGAGGCCUCCAUCCUCCGCAUGAGCGCCCAGCUGCUGCAGUUCGCCAACCGCAUGCGGCUGGGCAAGCGGGCGCUGCUGGAGGCGCAUGUGCGGCAGUUCCCCGCGCCAAACAUCCAGGCAGCAGC